CUGGGUGGUGCACGCAUGCGUACGCGGUGCGUACUGGGAGCCUGAAGGACUGUUGUGGGAGUGUGGAUCAGUUCGUAGAGAAUCUGCUAUCUUGUCUCCCAGCAAUGGGAUAUUCGCUGGCCUCAGGCGUGCUCUUUGCAAUUGGUGCUGUUCUCGUAACAACAGUUGGUGUUGUUGUGGGACACUAUGUUUUGUCAAAAAAGAAGAAACCUGCAAUCACUUUAAAAGAUCACAAUGAGAAGUACCCACUGCGAUUAAUAGAUAAGGAGAUUGUGAGCCAUGACACCAGGCGGUUUCGCUUUGCUCUCCCUUCAGCAGAUCACAUUCUUGGUUUGCCUGUGGGGAAACAUGUGUAUCUCUCUGCAAGAAUUGAUGGAAGUCUUGUUGUACGCCCAUAUACUCCAGUUAGCAGUGACGAUGACAAAGGCUACGUGGAUCUUGUUGUCAAGAUCUAUUUCAAAGGAGUACAUCCCAAAUUCCCAGAAGGUGGCAAGAUGUCUCAAUACCUGGAGGACCUGAAGAUUGGGGACACCAUUCAUUUCAGAGGACCGGGUGGAUUACUCUUUUAUGAAGGAAAAGGCAAAUUUGCCAUUCAACCAGACAAGAAAUCGCCACCAGAAACAAAAUAUGCCAAAAAGCUCGGUUUGAUUGCAGGUGGAUCUGGUAUCACUCCAAUGCUGCAGUUAAUUCGAGCCAUAAUGAAGGAUAAUGAAGACCCAACUAUGUGCUAUUUGCUUUUUGCAAACCAAACUGAAAAAGACAUUCUGCUUCGUGAUGACCUGGAGGAAAUUCAAGCUCAGUAUUCUGACCGCUUUAGGUUGUGGUAUACAGUGGAUAAGGCUCCUGAAGGUUGGGAUUUCAGUGAAGGCUUUUUGAAUGCUGAAAUGAUGAAGGAACACCUGCCACCACCUGGUGAUGAUGUCUUGAUCCUCAUGUGUGGUCCACCUCCCAUGAUUCAAUUUGCAUGCAACCCCAACUUGGACAAACUCGGAUAUUCGCAAGGAAUGCGUUUUGUUUACUAAGUGUUGAGGUUCCUAUAUUUGGCUUUGGGGAGGUGUGAUUGGCAAACUAAGUGGAAAUAUUUGCACUCUAAACAGGUGGUGUUUGCCUAACUGGUAUUAAGCGAUAUAAGCUGGUUUGUAUGCAUGUUACAUUCAAUACUAUCAUCCUCCUAUAUCGAGUAUGUUUGUACAGAUUCAAAUCCACAUACAAUGUAUACAGUGCUGUACUGUCACUUAAAUCUGUUUAGAAAGCUUAAAGUUCAGAGCUUCAAGUUCAAUGCACCUGUAACCAAAUACAUAGAUUCAUGUUUACUACUGAAAACUCUUUAUAGAUGUCAGUUUGCUCCAUUUAAAUUUGUAAAACAUCUACAAAGCAAUCAAGAGGGAAUGUGGUGGAUUUUGUUAGACAUUUUCAAUUCUGCUGUCUUUGCUUAUUUUAAAUUUUUAUUUGCCCUUCAUGUAUUAUCGUACUGGCACCAAAAAUCAUGUAAGCUAGUGAUUUCCUGAUGCAACCUUUGAUGACUAAGUGAUGCAGUAUCCAGGUUAUGCAAUAAGUUAAUCUUCACUUUUUUAGCAAUUUAUCUGAAUCCAAAGUGUGUGGGACUAGGUGGCGUAAUAGACUAGCAUGCUAACGGCUUUGUUUUACCCAAAGUUUAAAGGACUGACAGUUUCCUCUGGUACACUUUAAGUAAAAUCAGGCAGGCUGGUACACUGUUAGGAUGGUAAAUUGGAAAGAGUUCUAAUUUGAAGCCAUAUGUUAGGACACAUUUUUGGAUUUCUCCCAAGUUACAAGCUCACCAAAUUUGUAUAAGAAUGCAAAUAUCAAACACACUAGCAAUGGGAUUUUCAGUAUUUGCACGGCUGGCUGGAUGUAGUUCAAUAGCAGUAAUAGUCUGAACAGAAUCUUUCCAUUUAAGGUUUCAUACAAUAUAUUCUCACAUUUUAGUGUGCCUGUACAAAUGAUGAAUUGCCAUGUCUGUCUGAGCUGAUCUAGUCAUCAAUGAUCCCCAGUGAUCAAUUGUAAUUCUACCUGAAGUAUCUGUGGCUUAAGUAACUGGAUUUGUUUUUUCGCUCCAAUCCUUCAAGAUGUUCAGUAUCAAAGCCUGCAUUGCUACAGGUUUUUCUUAAUCUAAUUUAUAGAAGUUGUAAUGUUUGCUUAUUUAAAAUAUAUGCAACUCUAAACUGAGUUUGAUUUUCAUGAUCUGGGAAUUUCAUUUAUUUUGUGGGAGAAACUGUCACAUCAGAAGUUGCUCGGCGAAGAAGAAAAUAGUAUCUCAAAUGACUCUUAGCAACACUGCAUCACAGUCUAUCCAUUUCUGUACAAGGCAAACAAAUCAGCUGCUUCAAUUGUUAGUUGAAGUAUAAUUGAAUGAUACAUUUUUGGAUUUGUCCUGAAGAUGCUUUUAGUAAAUUUGAAUGAACACUGAUAAUGUUUUUGAGAUUCAGAUGCAUGGCACAGAAUACAAAUAAAGUUCUUUUGGUGAAUAA